AAUUGGCUCCCUUCCCUGUCUCGUCUUCACCUCAUCAGUCUUCUUAAAUAUUCACAUUCCAUUCAUCUUGAUAAAAUGGUUGGAUUCAGACCUACGGACGUGCCCCCAACCGCUGCUGUGAAGUUUAUCGGUGCUGGAACAGCGGCCUGCAUUGCUGACCUAUUCACCUUUCCAUUGGACACAGCCAAAGUCCGGCUACAGGUAAGCCUAAGGAGCAUGUGCUCUUUGUUGAAAUGAACUGGUGGGGUCCUCUAUUGUAGCAUCAUUAAAUGGAGAAUCCAAGCAUUGCCCUCUUCAGCCGUUGGGGACCCAGGGUGGUUGCAACUGGUCAUCGUUUCUCAUAUGAAAUCACGUGAAAGAACUCAUUUGACAGGUCAAAUGUGAUGAGCCAUCAUACUAAAAGGGAUUAAGGGAUGCUUGAGAGAUUACUGCUGUAUCAAUCAUAUUGUCUCUUUAACUCAUUAUUACUGUCAUGGGUCCACAUUUGGAAACUUGGUUGGUCCACAAUAUGAUACCCAAAUCCAUCACUGACCCAAGAUGACCCCUUUCAUUUUUGGUUAAUUGUAUUCACCUUAUUUUAUUUUGCCAACAUUAAAACUGACUUGCGCCUUCUAUUUCUUUCAAUUUUGUCCCUCUUGACUUCCUUCCCCCAACUAAGCGGUCCAGGAGGUGAUGGUUAAGCCCUAGGAAUCGGCAGGCCCUGGACCUAGCAUCGUGGACACUUGUGGCUGGAUUCUCCUCCCACAUCCGCCAGUGCUCCCUCCCCAGUGUCUGUUAAGUCUCUCCAUGCCCCUUUUGUUCUGCACAGAUCCAGGGAGAGGGGAAAGGUGCGGCAGCUAGUCAUGGCACAGCAGUGCGGUAUCGGGGCGUGUUUGGUACCAUCACCACCAUGGUGCGUACAGAGGGGGCCAGGAGCCUCUACAGCGGGCUGGUGGCAGGGCUCCAGAGGCAGAUGAGCUUUGCCUCUGUCCGCAUUGGCCUCUACGACUCUGUCAAGUCAUUCUACACCAAAGGCUCUGACCGUGAGUACAGGUCACAUACUGUAUGCCAACCUCAACCUUUUAAAUCGAUACUAAUUCUCUAUUGAAUGUUACUCCCACUGUUCUGACUGCCCAUUUCUCUCUACAGAUGUAGGGAUUGGCAGUCGCCUGCUGGCGGGCUGUACCACUGGAGCCAUGGCAGUCGCAUUAGCCCAACCCACAGAUGUGGUGAAGGUGCGCUUCCAGGCACAGGCUAGUUCCUCUGGGCCAAACCGGCGUUACCAUGGCACCAUGGAGGCCUACAAGACCAUCGCCAAGGAAGAGGGCAUGCGUGGCCUGUGGAGAGGUGGUUGUUUGCUUGAUCACACGGAUCAUUUGUGCCUUUGUCUAAUGUUUUUGUCUGUGGUAUUGCUAACGUUUCCAUCCCCACCUUGCAGGUACUGGCCCAAACAUUGCCCGCAAUGCUAUCGUGAACUGCACUGAACUGGUUACAUAUGACCUAAUCAAGGACGUACUUAUUAGAAACACACCCCUGACUGGUGAGCCAUUGCCUUGCCACAUGCUUCCCUCUGGUAUUGUGAUGCCUCUCCUUAACCCUUCCCAUUCACCCUACAGAUGACCUCCCCUGCCACUUCACAUCUGCAUUCGGUGCAGGAUUCUGCACCACUGUGAUUGCCUCUCCUGUGGAUGUGGUGAAGACGAGAUAUAUGAACUCUGCCCUCGGCCAGUACAGCAACGCCCUCAACUGUGCUAUUGCCAUGGUGACCAAGGAGGGACCCAUUGCCUUCUACAAAGGGUAAACCAUGUGUUAUGAAUAAGUGUUUUAGUUGCUAGGGAGUAGUCUUCUGGAUUAGGUUGCAACAGAUGGAUGAUUUUGCCGGGCUCGCGUACACCUCAAUCAGUGCUUUAGCGGUUUGUUCGCUGUUGCUGCUUGCUUUGUAACAUUCAUGAAUGUCUAACAACCUGGUAAUUAGUUUUCUUUCUCCGGUUUAUUGAAACUUUUGCCUGGAUCUGAGUUGUCUCAAUUCUCUCCCUACAGGUUCAUGCCCUCUUUCCUCCGACUGGGCUCGUGGAACGUGGUGAUGUUUGUUACAUAUGAGCAGCUGAAACGUGCCAUGAUGGCUGGCCGCCAAAACUACACCACUCCUCUGUAG